AUGUGCUUCUACUACUACAAGUAUCUCUACUGCAGCGAAGGCGCCAACUGCGUCGCCGGCUACGGUUGGGUCAACCGCAGCGGCCGGACCUAUGUCAAAGAAUACAGGAUCGAGCAGUAUCGCAAACCUUGCGACAACCACGGCCGUGGUUGCACUAGGUUAGACUACAUGGGCUCCGACACGAAGCAAAGCGAGGACAGGUGCGAUGACUGCAAGGACUACAAUAGGGGAAGAAGCUCGCGUCGUUGA